UUUCAUCUGCGGUGGGUGGAAAGAGUGGCAAGUGCGCAUUUCUCGAUUAUAUUUUAAUUAUUUUUUAAAUAUUUCUUUUUAGUUAAUAAAUGAUUUUUAAAGAAAGUGACUACGAUUUUAGCAUCUCAGUGGUUAAAAAGAAAAUUAUUUCACCUUUUCAAUAAGAAAAAACUACGAUAAAUUUGUUUAUUGAAUGAAAAGAAAAAUAAAAUAAAUUCAGAAUUUUAUGAUUCGGUUCGAUUUUAUUUACAUAAAAGCGAUAUAAUGCAAAAAUUGUGAUUUAGAAAACAAAAAACAGUUUAGGUUUUGAAGUGCCGAAUUAAAAAAAGUUAUAUUUUAUUUUUGAAAUACCUACGAAAAAUAUAGGAACUAAAAUAUUGAGGAUUUAAUCUUCAUGAAAUCUGACCAAAUAUAAAAUCAGCAUAAAUCAAUCACAGCAAUGGCACUUGGUGAUACAAAAAAUGGCAACUUGCCUUCAAUGACUAAAGAUAUUCAACUUCCAACUGCUGUAGAAACAGCUCCACAAAAUAAUGAACAAAUCGAAAGAGGUUCAACAGAAAAAAUGGCACACAAAGUCAAUAAACAGAUUGAUGCAACAAUAUCGUUCCUCAGAGCUGGCCGUAGCGGUGAAUUAGGUAAAGUUAUUGAAUUUUUAGAAUCCGGGCAAGUGACAGACAUAAAUACCUGCAAUGCGAAUGGCCUAAAUGCACUUCACUUAGCAGCAAAAGAUGGCUACAUUGAUAUUGUAAGCGAGCUCUUAAGACGAGGAGCUAAUGUUGACAACGCAACAAAGAAAGGCAACACAGCUCUACAUAUAGCUUCUCUUGCUGGCCAAAAGGAAGUGAUUAAACUUUUGAUUCAAUUCAACGCAAAUGUUAACGUUCAGUCGCUUAAUGGAUUUACACCUCUCUAUAUGGCUGCACAAGAAAAUCAUGACGCUUGUGUCCGAUAUCUUUUGGCUAAAGGUGCCAAUCCGUCUCUAGCAACAGAGGAUGGAUUUACACCACUUGCUGUCGCCAUGCAACAGGGUCAUGACAAAGUUGUUGCUGUUUUAUUGGAGAGUGACUCGCGGAGCAAAGUUCGUCUUCCAGCACUUCAUAUUGCCGCCAAAAAGGACGAUGUAAAGGCAGCUUCGUUACUUCUUGAAAAUGACCAUAACCCCGAUAUUGUUUCAAAAAGCGGUUUUACUCCGCUUCACAUUGCCGCUCACUAUGGAAAUGUGGAUAUUGCAAAAUUAUUAAUUGAUCGCGGAGCUGACGUGAAUUACAUUGCCAAACACAAUAUUACACCAUUGCAUGUUGCCUGCAAAUGGGGUAAGAAGAAUAUUCUGAUAUUGCUUCUUUCAAAAAAUGCUCGUAUAGACGCUACAACUCGAGACGGCCUUACACCGCUACAUUGCGCAGCGAGAUCAGGUCACAAAGAUGUUAUUGAGCUACUGGUUGAAAAUGGCGCACCGAUUUUAUCAAAAACAAAAAAUGGUCUAGCACCCUUGCAUAUGGCUGCCCAAGGAGAACAUGAUGAAGCUGCUCGUAUUCUCCUAAUGCACAAAGCGCCCGUGGACGAGGUAACCGUAGACUAUUUGACGGCACUGCAUGUAUCCGCACAUUGCGGACAUGUCAAAGUUGCUAAACUCCUACUCGAUCAUAAUGCUGAUCCCAAUGCCCGAGCUCUUAAUGGGUUCACGCCGCUGCACAUUGCUUGCAAAAAGAAUCGCAUCAAAGUUGUUGAGCUUUUGUUGAAACACAAUGCCAGUAUAAGUGCGACGACUGAAAGCGGGUUAACACCGCUUCACGUUGCCAGCUUUAUGGGUUGCAUGAAUAUAGUUAUAUACCUCCUUCAACACGAUGCCAAUCCAGAUGCACCAACUGUCCGGGGAGAAACUCCACUUCAUUUAGCUGCUCGUGCCAACCAGACAGAUAUUAUUCGAAUUCUCUUGCGAAAUGGUGCAAAUGUAGAUGCCCAAGCUCGCGAAGGACAAACUCCCCUGCAUGUGUCUUCACGUCUGGGCAAUAUUGAUAUUAUAAUGCUUAUGCUCCAGCAUGGUGCCAAUUGCGAUUCUGUUACGAAAGAUGCAUAUACGCCUUUGCAUAUUGCCGCUAAAGAAGGACAGGAAGAGGUUGCAGCUCUACUUAUCGAUAACAAUGCAUCUCUUGAUGCAGUCACUAAGAAGAGUUUUUCACCACUCCACUUAGCAGCUAAAUAUGGAAAAGUUCAUAUAGUACAAUUAUUACUACAGAAGGGCGCUAACGUUGACUGUCAAGGGAAGAAUGGUGUUACACCACUACAUGUGGCCAGUCAUUACGAUCAUCAGGAGAUCGCUCUACUAUUACUCGAAAAAGGUGCAUUGCCUCAAGCAAGUGCCAAAAAUGGACACACUGCUCUUCACAUUGCAGCUCGAAAAAAUCAAAUGGAUAUCGCUACAAAUCUAUUGCAAUAUGGGGCCGAUCCAAACACCAAAAGCAAAUCUGGAUUUGCUCCACUGCAUUUAGCUGCUCAAGAGGGCCAUGUCGAUAUGGUUAAUCUUUUGCUCGAGCAUGGUGCCUCCGCAAACGUAUCGGCCAGAAAUGGUCUUACACCCAUGCAUCUGUGUGCUCAAGAAGAUAGAGCUAAAGUUGCUCAAAUUUUGCUCGAUAAUAAUGCACAUAUAUCAGAUAGAACCAAAGCUGGAUAUUCACCGCUGCACGUUGCUGCACAUUUCGGCCAAAUAACAAUGGUUAAAUUUUUACUCGAAAAUGAUGCAAACAUUGAAUUAAGUACAAAUGUAGGCUAUACACCGCUUCAUCAAGCCGCGCAACAGGGGCAUACAUUGGUUAUAAAUUUACUAUUGACGCAUAAGGCCAAUCCAAAUGCUCUCACAAAUCAUGGACAAACGGCCUUGAAUAUUGCAAAUAAACUUGGUUAUGUGACUGCUGUUGAAACAUUAAAAGUUGUUACUGAAAAAAGUAUUACAAAUACAGUUACUGGAGUUUUGGAAGAAAAAUACAAAGUUGUCGCUCCUGAGUCUAUGCACGAAGCUUUUAUGUCGGAUUCUGAAGACGAGGGCGGCGAGGAUCACUUAGAUCAACAUCAAUACAAAUACAUGGCCACAGACGAUCUUAAAACUAUUAUAAAUGAAAAUGAUCAACACAAUUAUGACACCACAGAUGAUGGCCAAAAUUACGGAAGUAAUCGUAAAGCUUUCACUGAAACUGCGAGUGCCAAAUAUGUCAAUCAAAAUAUGUCGCCAGCAUCCAACGUCUAUCAAAUUAAAUCUAUUGACAAUGUUACAAUUAUCAAACCACCAGUUCAUCUAGGUUUCCUAGUUUCAUUCCUGGUCGAUGCUCGUGGUGGAUCAAUGCGUGGUUGUCGUCAUAGUGGCGUUAGAGUUAUUGUACCACCAAAAUCAUGUGCCCAGCCAACAAGAAUCACAUGUCGGUAUGUAAAACCGCAGCGCGUAGCCAAUCCACCACCUCUUAUGGAAGGUGAAGCUUUAGUCAGUCGCGUCAUGGAGCUGUCACCAGUGGAAGCAAAAUUUUUAGGUUCUGUUAUAUUGGAGGUACCUCAUUUUGGCUCCUUACGUGACAAAGAACGAGAAAUUAUAAUACUUCGAUCCGACAACGGCGAAACCUGGCGUGAACACACACUAUAUGAUAGCGAGGAAGCCGUUCGCGACGUUCUCAAUGAGACAUUCGAAUCGAACGAACUCAGCCACUUGGAGGACCUACACACGUCGCGGAUUGUACGCAUUGUUACACGCAACUUCCCACAUUUCUUUGCGGUUGUGUCGCGCAUUCGGCAGGAAGUGCAUGCAAUCGGACCCGACGGUGGCACUGUGUCAUCAACGGCUGUGCCUCAAGUGCAGGCAAUAUUCCCGCCAAAUGCGCUCACAAAAAAAAUACGUGUCGGCCUGCAGGCUCAGCCAGUCGAUUUGAAUGGUUGCUGCAAAUUACUUGGUCAAGGUGUCGCUGUCUCGCCAGUAGUUACCGUUGAACCGCGUCGUCGAAAAUUCCACAAGGCAAUAACACUAAGUAUUCCUGCACCCAAAGCAUAUACCCAAGGAAUGGUGAAUCAAUACUCAGGCAACGCACCAACUUUGCGGUUACUUUGCUCCAUUACUGGCGGCCAAAAUCGGGCUGUUUGGGAAGAUGUAACUGGCUCGACUCCAUUAGCUUUUGUUAAGGAUAGUGUGUCAUUCACUACAACGGUGUCGGCACGUUUCUGGCUAAUGGACUGUAGAAAUGUAUCCGAAGCUAGCCGCAUGGCAACAGAACUCUACUCAUAUAUGGCACAAGUUCCAUUCAUGGUGAAGUUUGUUGUAUUCGCAAAGCGAAUAAGCAAUACGGAAGCAAAGUUGAGUGUUUUCUGCAUGACGGAUGACAAAGAAGACAAAACACUUGAACAUCAGGAAUUUUUCACUGAAGUAGCCAAAAGCCGUGAUGUGGAGAUACCUGAAGAUCAGGAUAUCUAUCUUGAAUUUUCUGGCAAUUUGUUACCAGUAUUGAAAUCAGGUGAACAGUUAAAUAUGAAGUUCCAUGCAUUCCGCGAAAAUCGACUUUCGUUCCUGGUUCGUGUCAAAGACCAGGAAGAUGCAUUUGGUCGUAUUAGUUUUAUGAGUGAGCCAAAAAUAAGCAAAGGCGAAGCACCACAAACUCCAAUUUGCACUUUGAAUGUUACCCUAACAGACCAUGAAAUUAUAACAGACAACCACAAUGGCUCACAAAAGAGCCUAGAUCACAGUCUAAAUUAUAGAGAUAUGCUUAAUCUUGGCUACCGUCAAGCUGACGAAAUUCACAAGGCCGAUAUUCGGUUGUCAGACAUAUGCAAUCUGCUUGAAGAUGAUUGGGUGAGUUUGGCAAGAGAACUACAAGUACCAGAAAACGACAUCGAACUUAUUAAAUCCGAAUACACUGGAAAACAAGCUUCUAAACAAGCUAUGGUUAUGCUGAGACUAUGGCUACGGCAAUCAGGUACCAAUGCAAACGGUAAUACUCUAGAACAAGCCCUUCACAAAAUUAAUCGCAGUGAUAUUGUCGAAAAGUGCAUUUUUAAUCUGGAACUAGUAACGGAUUAUAUGGAAAAAGCGGUUGCAAAAAUGCAGCUUGAUCAGUCAGGAUUUGAUUCUUUAAGUGAUGAUCUGUUAGGUACAGCGUCAUGUGAUACGUCUCUAGUUCAACGGGAUGAAAGGGCGGUUCAGAAAUUCAAAAUAAUCGAUAACGAGCAAAUGGCAGCUGCUUCGCCACUGCCUGCAUCCACAGAAUCACUUCAAAUCGAAGAGAAAUUCACAUUGGAUGCUACGCAAAAAUUCGAAGAGAAAUCCGAUACUGAUGCUGAGUGCAGCGAAAAACGACAUGAAAAUCAUAAUUCACAUCAAAUAGAAGGCAAAGCCGAAGAUUUGAAACCACCUGUAACCAAGUUACCAAAAAAUAUCACCCCAUCGAAAGUAGUAACCAUGAUCAGUCAACAGCAGCAAUUUGAUCCUCAUUAUCAUCAGAAACAAUACCAACAAAGUUGGGUUGAACCAUCAGAUAUAAACAAAGAAAGUUCUGAAUAUAAAAAUGAUGAUGCUAAUGAAACUCCAUAUGAUGGACCGGAUGCUGAUCUUGCAGCACAUAUUAAUCAACAACAAGAAGCAAAUAAUUUUGCUUCGGAAAUUCAUUUGCCUUCGACAUUAAUGAACGCUACAACUGUAGGAAAUAAUCAAAGUAAAGAUAUAAAUUUCAUGGAAAUGCCAAGUUCUAAUUUAGACGAUGAGAUAAUUUUGUCAACGUCAAAUGUUGACGAAAUGGAAUUCAACCCAUCAACUUAUCCUACUACGAUCAGUCCUUUGGCAGAUUCACAAACAACUGAUUUUAUGAACGAAACAUUGGAGUCAGUUGAAGGAUUCCACUUGACUACGAAUGAAGCAAAUGAAAUUUGUUUAACAAAAGAAAAUACAGCAAUUAUAUCGUCUCCUGAGAUUCAGGCUGAAUCAAGUUUACCAGAUUUAGAGAAAUCAUCAUCGGCUGGCGUUUCUGUUGCUGCUGGAACAGGAGUUGCCACUGCAAACAUAACACAAAAUAGUAUCACAUCAAUGAAAUCAAAAACCAGCAGCACCAAAUCACUGGAAAAUAAUAUUAAAACAGCUGGAUCUUCUUCUGAUUCCGAUAUAGCAUUACAUGAGACGGGUGUUGAGCUAAGCGAGGACGAAGAACAUUCAGAACCGGAAUUUUAUCAAGGCAUAGAACAAUCCACAGGAGUUAUUGUCGGAAAGAAUGAUGAUGAUUGGCGAGCAAUAGAGACAAAUUCAACGGUUGAUGAUAUCCAAUCACGUAAAGAUGAUUUAAAAGAAUAUUUGGAAAAUACAAUUUUAUCAACAGCAGCUGAACAAGUUGCGGAAUUGCAGCAACAACAACGAGAUUUAUAUAAUUUUGAAAUCACACACGACAAAGAAAUAAAAGAACCGCCAUUACCACCAUCACCACACGCGGCGGCAGCGAUUGCUUCUACCAAAGCAAUUUCAGAGAAUGUACAAGUUGAAGAUUCAAAAAUAGAAUACGGUGAAGACAUUGAAGUUGAUAACGAUGAAGCUUAUGAACCAUUAUCAACAUUAACAAAAGUUGGUUCUAACAAAUUAAACAACAACAGUAAGGCAGUUCAAAAUGAUAAACAUCACGAUCUACCAUCAAUUGUUAUUGAACCCGUUAAUAAUGCCACUGGUGAAUUUUUGAACCAGGAAAAACAUCAUUUUAAUAACUAGAUACAAACAAAAAAAUGGAAAAACAAACUUACAUUUUUUAUUUUCUAGCGAACUCAAAUCAAGAAAAACAAAGCAAAGAAUAAAACACAUCAUGUCAAGUUUUUCAUUUUAUUUUUUUUAAUAUAAUAUAAUAUAAUAUAAUAGCACUUUUAAUAAAAUAUUGCUUAUAUAUAUUUGCUGUUAAUACAAAAUAUUUAUUGACACAUUUAAAAAAUGUUAAUUUUAUUUCUUCGUUAAAAAUAAUGUUUCUUUGUUUCAAAAUCAUUUGAUCGAUGAAUUAAAAAAUCUAUACAAAACAAUAUAUAUGUAUAUGUAUAAAUAUAAUAUAUGUAUAUAUAUUUAUAUAUAUAUAUGUAUAUCAAUUCAAAUCAACAAAAUCUUUUUCAUAAAUAUAUAUACAUAUAUAUAUGUACCAUCCGUUGGUUAAGGUACAUCAUGAAUUAUAGCAUGUAACAUUAAAAUAUAUUGAUUGUAUGUAUUAGUCAGUUAAAUAAACUAUAACAAAAAAUUA